AUGACAUAUAUUUCUUUUUCUUUCUUUCUUUCUUUCUUUCUUUCUUUCUAUCUAUCGGAAGAGUCUCUCCCAAGUUCUUCUUUCUCAUUAUAUGUCCAAGAAUUUCCAAUUGUCUAUUUCUCGUUCCUUCCUUCCUUCCUUCUUUUAUUUCUUUCUUUCUUUCUUUCUUUUUUAUUACUUCUCCCUUUACUUACAUAUUUUUCUUCUUUCUUUUUUAUAGGAAAAGCUAAACGAAUUAAAUAUACCUUCACUUAUUUUCUUUCUUUCUUUUUUCUUUCUUUCUUUUUUAGUUUUCUUACCUUUCAAUACUUUUCUUGUUUACUUUAUCUAUUUCCCUUUCUUUCUUUCAUUCUUUCACUUCACUAUUUUUCUUUCUUUCUUUCUUUCUUUCUUUCUUUCUUUCUUUCUUUCUUUCUUUCGUUUUUAUCAUUCAUUUCUUGUUUGCUUUUUCUAUUUUCCCUUCUUAUUUUCUUUCUUUCUUUUUCAAGUUUUCUUAACAUUCAUUUCUUUUCUUGUUUACUUUAUCCAUUUUCCCUUCUUUCUUUCUUUCUUUCUUUCUUUCUUUCUUUUUUUCUUUCUUUCUUUCUUUUUUUUCUUUCUUUCUUUUUUUCUUUCUUAAUACUCAUAUGUUUCUGUGCGUUUCAAUUUUUUUCGUAUAUUUGUUUUCCUCGUUUUCUCUUUUCCUUUUCUUCUUCCCCUUUUCUUUCACAUUCUCUCAUUCUCCUUCUUAAUCAUUUUUACCUUGUUUCUCUUUUUCUUCCUUCUCUUAUUCGUCUUCUUUUUCUCUCCCCACUUUUACUUCCGCCAUUUUUGUUUUCUCCCCCUUCAACUAUUUUCCCUUAUAUUAUUCAUUUUUCUCUUCUUCCCCUAUUCUUUUCGGCCUUCUCUUUCCCUUUUCUUCGUAGUUUUCUUCUUUGUCCUUUACGUCCUUUUUUCCUUAUCCUUUCACUUCUACUCUCUCUCAUUCCCAAUUUUUCCUCCUACUCUUAUUCUCUUCAUUUCCUUCUCCUCUUUUUUUCUUUCACUUCUUCCCAGGCUCUUCUUUCCUUGUCUUCUCCUUUGCGUCUUUUUCUCCUUCCUACCUUUUCCUUCUCUUUUUCUUUUCCUAUUUUUCUUUCAAGUCUUGUAUUUUGUCUUCUCUCCCUUUUCACCUUUUUUCUUUUUAUCAUUCUUCUUUUCUUACAUUUUCUAUCACACUCUCCCUUUCUCUUUCGUAAUAUUCGACUUUUCUCUUUUCUUUUAUUUUCCUUUCUUUCUAUCUCCUCUUUUUUCCUCUUCACCUUUUCUUUAUCUUUCCACAUUUUGUUUUCUCUUUUCGCCUUUUAUCCUUUCUUUUUCCUUCAUUCCCCUCCCCCUUCCAUUUACACUUUUCUCCCUUUCGUUUCUUGCUAUCUUUUACCUAUAAGAGUUGAUAUUCAGUUUGAGCGUAUCUAUCUAUCUAUCUAUCUAUCUAUCUAUCUAUCUAUCUAUCUAUCUAUCUAUUUUAGUCCUUUCUGUUCUGUUCUUUCUUUCUUUCUUUCUUUCUUUCUUUCUUUCUAA